ACAAAAAUCCCACCCAUUCCUGAUUUUGGGGAGUGUUUCAGCAAAGGAAAAGACGCUGUAACUUCAGUUCUGCUGCACAGGAGAACAGAGCAAUGGCUAGCAGGCAAAUAUGGAGAUGUCUUAUUGUGCUCCUGGAAUUCUUUGCACAUAUGAAUGCAGCAGUCCAAACUGUAAACCAGGAGCUGUCUAAUAUAUUUGAUGAGCUCUGGAAGUUGGAUGUCAAUCGCUUUACGCCUGGGAUAGACUACAAUAUCUCACUGCAGGGUCGAGCUGGCUUCAUACCCAAAGGGAGAGAAUUCGCAGUUGAUCAUGCUUCAUCUCCUCUUUUCUCCUAUGUCGACGAGAACAAACUGAAAUCCAUCACUACAUACACAAGUUUCAUGAAGCUGCUUGAUAACUAUGAAAGGUCCAUCGGUGUAGCUGAGAAGGUGACUACUGAUGAGAUAGCUGAGAAUAACGCUUUCCUUGAUGCCAUUUUGAACACAACGGUCAUGAAGAGGGCUCACCAGUAUUUAGUUAAAAAGGGAAAAUCAAAAUCAAACCUGAGGCGGUUUAAGAGUCAGCUGUACUCCAUGUGGUUCCGACUUUACCACAGAGAUAGGACUGGAGGAGAGGACUCCAGUGGCUUUGAACAUGUGUUUGUUGGUGAGACAAAAUCGGGAAGAGAUAUUAUGGGUCUCCACAACUGGGUUCAGUUUUACCUCCAAGAAAAGCAGAACCUUCUUGAUUAUAAGGGCUACAAAGCAACAAGAAAUUAUAUGCCAGAUGCAGAUGAUCACGUAUUGAAUGUACAGUUCAGCUGGCAUGGUCUCCUGAAACCAGUGGGCAGUACUUUCAUUGGUGUCAGUCCUGAGUUUGAGAUGGCAGUGUUUACCAUCUUCUUCCUGACAUCCACCGAGAAAACCAGCACUGCGGUGGUGAAUAUGGACCAGUACCAACUGGAGCUUGUUGUCAACAGACAUGGACGCUCUAUUGGCACUUCCUACCCCAAGCUACUGAACAGCAACAACAGGCACAUACAGAGCAACUAAGUUUUACUUUUAAAUGGUUGAUUUUAUCUGCUUGUAGCAUUUGAGAUUCAGCAUUUGUUUUUAAUAGCUAUAAAAUAAUCAUGAUUUGAAAUUGCAUUUUAGGAUAAGCUGGCAUUGUUUAAAGACAAGUCCAUAUAGCAUGCGUCUGAGCAAUAAGGAAUAAGGACACAUUUUUUUAUUUGGCAAAAAACUGAACUGCUAUAAGACUGUCCUUGCAUUUCAGGGGGAAAAAACACUCCUAAUUGAAGUGCAUGUAAGUUGAAAAACUGCGCACAUUGGAAGUGUUUUGCAAAGUAGAAUUAACUAUUUUCUGUUGAAACCAUUUCGAAUAAAACUAUAGCAAAAUAAAA